AGAAGACACGGCAGCGACUUGUUAUGGAUAGUAUGUCACGACUGGAAGUGCUCGCAAUACAAGUAUUCAAAGCAAAGAACUCCUGAUUUGGUUCGCGAGGAUGUCUUCAAUGAGCCACUGAUUAAGUCAUUACUGGUCGCGAAUCCAAGAGUGCGGACACGGAUUGAGAGGAUAUUGACUGAAAUGAGUCACACCUUCUCCUUAAGAACCGUACGAUUUGUGGGAUAUUUUUUGACCAAAAUUAUGAAAAGCAUUUACAAAAGCGUUUUCGUGGACAACCAGUUGGCACUGAAUCCCAGUUCAAUGUUUGCAGACAAGACAAGGACAUCGAGUUUGAGAGAAACACUCAACGGUUUGGCCAAAGAGUGUCCCGUACUAUACGUGCCAUCGCAUCGA